UAAUGAUAUAUGAUAAUGCUAGGCACGCACGUGAUUAUCACGGACUUAAUUCCCCAGCCGAUCUGUCGCGCACGCCCGCUAGAUUCUCCCUCCGUCGCGCACUCGUCGUCGUUGUCGUCGUCGUCGUCACUUCUUCUACGGUCAGAAAAACGAUCGUCCCGGUUUCUCGAAAUGUCGAGGACGCUGCUGUUCCUGACUAUCGGCGUACUCGCGAAGGUGCUUGGGUUACCGGACGGAGCACCGUCGAGGACAUGCUUGGAUCUGACUCCACGGCACUCCGGCAUCGAUCCCCAGUCGUCGUCCCCACCUUAUCAGGUGCUCCCCGCGGCCGGACAAGGCAGGAUCCGACUGAUCCUCGGCAGCCCCCAGGGCCUCGCAUACGAGGGCUUUAUGAUAUUCGCCAGGGACAUCGACACCGGUGAUUUCGUAGGCGAAUUCACGAACCUGCCCGAUUCCGCGAGAAUCGUCGAGUGCACGCAGGGCGUACCGAACGCCGUGACUCACGUGAACACCAGCAAGAAGCAGAAUCUUGAGUUUGAUUGGGAGGCUCCGGUCGAUUACGAGGGUACCAUUAUCUUCAACUCCACCUUCGCUCAGGAUUACAGCACGUACUGGGUCGGCGUGGAGUCGCCCCGAGUCACCGUUCUCAAGCGAUCUAUUGACGUAUUGGCCUCACCUACGCCCAUCACCACUUACAGGACCACCACGCCGCCGUACUACAGCCAGACCGUCGAUUAUGCGACGAAGGUCGAGGAGGAUCCGUUCUACGCCGGCUGCCACGUUACGAAGAAUUGCUUCGGCGCGCCCGCCGGCUGCAUCAAGAGCAAGGACUGCGACGCCGCGGUGGCUGUGACCGUGCAAGGCGACCAAUAUCUGUUCGAGCUGCAGGGACGCGGGACUACGCCGAAAGCGAGAUAUGUCGCCGUCGGCCUGUCGGACGACAAGAAUAUGGGUGACGACAGCGUAGUCGAGUGCGCCAACGAGGAUGGAGAAAUUGCGUUACACAUGUCUUGGAAUUCCGGCAAGAGUAACAAGCGCCAUGCGACGCCGGAAGGCGCGGUCCAGCUCGAGUCCAAAGCGAUCAGAGACGGCGUGAUCUACUGCAAGUUCCGGCGGGACAAGCUCACUACUGUUCACGGACGCACAUAUGACCUCGUCAACACCCCGUACCACCUCCUCGUGGCUGCUGGCGCGGAACUCAGACCGAAUGGAGUUGCCUUCCACAACGUCGACUACCUCGGGACCAGCGUCUCGAAGAAGCUGUCCGACGUCGGGGAAUGGACCGCGGCCAGCGACAUACUGAUUCGCGUUCACGGCGCGCUCAUGUUGGCCUCGUGGAUCGGCACAGCCUCCGUCGGGAUGCUGCUGGCGCGAUAUUACAGACAGACGUGGGUCAAUUCCCAACUGUGCGGCAAGGACCACUGGUUCGCUUGGCACAGGUUCUUCAUGGUGCUUACCUGGUCGAUGACGAUCGCGGCCUUCGUCAUAAUAUUCGUUGAACUGGGCGCAUGGAGUUCCGCGACGAUACACGCCUCAGUCGGUCUGGCUACUACAAUUCUCUGCUUCAUUCAGCCCUUCAUGGCGGCUAUGAGACCGCAUCCUGGCGCACCACGAAGAGCUCUUUUCAACUGGGUUCACUGGUUCGUCGGUAACGUGGCGAAAAUCUGCGGCCUGAUCGCGAUUUUCUUCGCGGUGCGACUGAAUAAGGCUAAGCUCCCGGAGUGGGUCGACUGGAUUCUUACCGCAUACGUGAUGUUCCACGUCCUGAUUCACCUCAUUCUCACGUUCCUCGGGUGCGCAUCCGACAGACAAGCCAGUCAGAGAGUGAAUUCAUUCCCGAUGAAAGACAUGCAUUCUCGCGGAUCAAUGGUGCAUCCUGAUGCGAGGCGAGAUGCCCCGCACUCCGGCAUGCGAAAGUUCAUUUUCGCUGUGUACUUUGUGGUCGUCGCGGCGUUCGUCGUGGCCCUCGUGGUGAUCACCGUGUUGGCACCCAUCGAGGAAACAUGGGCCACCUUCACCAACACCAUCUCAAAUUACUGAAGUCGCUAAUCAACGUCCCGUGGCGGUGGUGCGCACUGUCAUCGCGCGAUACUGACGCGCGAGGAGGAAGCUUUCAACUACGGGGAACGCGGAGAACGCAGCCUCGCACAGAGAGUUCGACGUGUUCCCGGGAUGACUUUCUGUAUGCAAAUUAACACGAAGAAUGCGCAAAUCCUACGCGUGGAGAUGCAAAUGGGACCACGACAGCGCGCCGAGACACGAGAACGAGAACGAAGUGAUCGGUGACGUUCUGACGCGAUUGUUUUUACUCUCCUUCUUUUCUUUCCUUCCCUUCUCUCUCUUUCUCUCUCUCUUUCUCUCUCUCUCUCUCUCUCUCUCUCUCUCUCUUUCUUUCUUUCUCUUUCUCUCCCUCUUCCUCUCAUUUAGCAGAUAGCCGGAUGACGUUCACAUUAUCGCCCUUUAUCCUGAUUAUAUUUGAUAAUUAGAGAUAGAUUUCUGUACAUAACGUUCUUAAUUUACUCGGAAAAAGCUAAAGUGUACGCGUUUGUUUCAUUUGCACGGUCGAUCCACGAUUAUACGGAUUAACUUUGGACAGUGGAGACGAGAAUAAUUAAUCGGCGACAUUAGAGAUUUUUGGUUUAUUCUUCUGCGACGAUAUUUCUGUACAUACUUAAAAACAAAAAAUUUCGGAGAAAGUCUCCGAAGGUGGUCUCGGCGAGUAAAAUUUAAUGUAAUCAAUAAAACUGAAUUGCGAAUAUAUUCUCUCUCUCUCUCUCUCUCUCUCUCGAAUGUUAAAACACGAUUAAUAUCGAAGUCGUAUAUAUUAAUCGGACGGAUUACUUUUGACGAUGGUACGGAUGAAAUCUCCCGCAGAAUGAAAUAAAUGAAUUGUGUACAAACGUGCGAAAUAAGAUUAAAAUAAAUUCAAGCGGAAUAUAUAUUUUUACGGAUCACACACUUUUUAUCAUGAUAUAUUGAAUUAUCGCGCUCUCUUAGCGUCUGCGAAAUUAAUAAGCCGGGAGUCGCUCGCGGAAAUGUAAACCCCAUCUGCGACCUUCUUUAUUGAUUCUCGCACUUACAACGAACGCGCGAGCCGCCUCUGUCGUCGCACGGCAACGUGUACGCUUUUCAUUAUCAUGCAGUUAUCACGAAUUACUUUCACGCGAACGCAACGACCAAAGCGCAUGCAAAAGUCCCCCGUUUGUUAUUCCAUUUCUCAUCGCGAAUAUUCUCAGGUUAUACCGACACGUAUCGAGAGAGCAUUUCCGAGAGUUCGAUAGGCGAUAACGAUUUUAUACGGUAUGUGCGCCGAUAUUUAUACUUAAAUUGUCAUUAAAUUAAUCGUUAGAUUAACAUUGGUUGUCGAGGACAUAAGAGAGAGACUAAUGAUCGAUUUCAUCAAUCUUCCUCCGGAUGGAUAUCGCGCCCGGUUAAAUCCGUGCAGCCUUUCUUUCCUUAACCGCGCAUUAGCGCCCACGAUUAUUCCCGAAUCGCUUCUGUCCUUAACGAAGCGUCGAAAAUUGGCGAAUCAUCAAUUUAAUCUUUAUUCGCUCUCCUAACGAGAUUUCGGGGAAGGUCGAUGAAGGCGCGAGGAGUUUUUGUAAGCAUAAAGCUAGAUUUAGAUUGAUUAAACACAGUCGCAGCUACUCACAUCACUCUCGGAGAGGAGAGCUCGAUGAUUUUCAUGCGAAGCGAGCGGUGCUUUUUUUCUACUUAUAUACGUAUAAUACUUAUUAUUUAUAAUAAGAUUCGCAGUAUUAGCUACGUUUUUCCAUUCCGUCCUCUCACACUCCCCUCCCCCUCUCCAUUUCCCCCGCCCAUCCCGCGAGUAUUUUUGCUACCAUUUCGAGCGAACUUUUGUACCGUAUUCGACGUGUCACUUCGGUGACCGAUAGGGACCGAUGUUGCCAACAACAAUGGCGGACAAUGUAACGUUGUUAGCCUUAUUGAUUGUUAAUAAAUAUAUAUAUACGUAUGAA